UCUCCUCAUAGUUAAAGAACCAAGUCCAUUUUGACUCAAGAGAGGAAAAAAAAGACAAAAAAUAACAGGAAGGGUGUAAUUAAAAUUAAUUGAUUCGAAGAGACCCUCCAGUAUGUAACAAACUGCAAAAACCAGUUUGAGUUUUCAUGAUAAUAGCCCUAAUGAGGUCAAGUGUGAAGCGUUGAAUUUUCUGAAUUCUGUCCGUCAACCUUCAAAGUCUUCAAAUGCAUUAAGGUCAACGGGUAAAACGAGAACAGUUUUACCACCAGCCGUCAAGACUCUCCGCUGUCAGUGACAGUCUUCUUUGAAGGUUGCAGAUGUCCAUCAGCUCCCUGUAUAAAUUUCACAUUAUAAAAGGAAGGUUAACAAAGGAACUUGUCUUGAAAUUGCACUGGAAAUUUGAAAUUUCCUUCUGGUCCUUCCGGUGUGGCUAAAAAUACUAAGAGGACAUGAACAUCAUCAGGUCUUGGCUACUUUAUAAUUGAAACCCUGAUGUCUGAAGCGUCCAUUCUUGCCAUCUAACUUGGCUGGAUGUCAAGAUACGAUCUCUAUCGAAGCCUUAACGUUACUUUGUUGAGUAAUGUCGGCCGCUAUUUUCCUAUUUUAAGCAGCAGCGGAUACGACGUUCCUAUUAAUAUACAGUACAAAUUCCGCAUUUCUCUCACAUGUUUCAAAAGCCAGAGCCCUGCUGAAUGACAGGCAGUAUUUAUAGUUACUCAAAGUAAUUGACGAUGAAUGAUUUAAAUUGUUGCCGGCGUAAGUCACAGAAACAGCUUCCAAACCGCAGAGAUAUGCUGGCUAGAUGUGCUCGUAGUCACGCUUUUUUUUUUCUUCUGGACUUGAAGCAAAAACAACAACAACAACUUACGCAUAAUCUCAAAUUACUGACAAACAAAUAUGAAAGUUUUCAUCUCACACUAGGAUUUUCAAAGUUAAGACCACCUCGAAAAGCACAAUAAUUCACACAGAAGACAAAUAAUUGAACGGUUGAAUGGCCACACGCUUGGUCGGUCCCCUGGCAAGCAAAAUAUUAUUAACAGAGGACCAGUUAUUAGGAAAGGUCACCAAAAUAUUACACCUUGAUGUUUUCAUGCGGAUGUUAUAGUCUAGCGGAAGAAAGGGAAACGCGGCUUCCUAAAAUAUUAUAAAUGUUUAAUAGUUUCAUAAUAAUAAGUUGGAGAUCAAAUUUGAAUUCCUCAUUUGUUGUUCAGCCGAAUGAGGAAGUGAAUGUCUAAAAAGCUACUCAUAUAAUUGCAAAAAACCAUUGUUUCUAAAUAAGGAACUACUAGCAUUUCAGUAUCUUGAGAACUCAACUCUUUUACCAAUCCCUCGUCGAAAGAGGCGAAAUAAACAUCUAAAGCUUAAGGUUUUCUGUUGUAAGUUUCCAUUCGAUUACUUCCGUAAUGCUGUUCAGGAACAAUUCACAUAUUUAUCAAUUUGUGAACUGCCAACGCGAAGGUUAAUGGGGAGGAAACAGAUUCCAGCUACAUUCCACUGAUAAACCUGGAAAAUGCUUUUUACACGUAAACAGUGAGCUUGCAACAAUACAUAUUGUUCUAACAAGAAAUACUGAAGGUUACUACGCAUACUACUUUUUGUUCCGGUUUGAAGUUUAUUCUAAGUGAACAACCCGGUAAGGGAGCGCUGAUUAUUCUACUGACGCAUACGUUUCGUGUUUCUUUGUACAUACAGAAGGCAUAAUUGACACAAGAACAUUUCCUUGUGAUCAAAUUUUAGAUGCGUUGUAACUUUUCGUCCAAUCAUCAUCAACAGUCCGAGCUCUCCUCUGGGAGAAUAGCGCCAUUGUCUUGUGUCCACCAAUCUGCUCUGCCUGUUGCAGGGGAGCGACAGCUUCAUUCCGAGUGGCAAAACCCAUCUUCUUCUGAGCUUUCUUCUUGUUUUCGUUCAAUAGCGUUGUCGAAAAUGGGGCCAGCAUUCAUGCUGACGUUCUUCGCCUUGGCUUGUCUUGUGGUCAGCUUCAUCAAGGGUGCACCACUUGUUCGAUCAGAAGCACUGGCCAUUGGAAAAGAUUCCAGAACUCAUGAUCACGAGAAUCCCAAAUUUACGAAUUACAUCAAGAAGCUCAUAAAGGGAUGGCGAGUAAAAGAAGUUAUGAAUAAAGAAGGAGAGAUCCAGCCUAAAGAAGGGCUAAAAACGGAAAUCCAAGUAAACGAUGCAAAGCGCAAAGGACUCGUAACUAAGGAACGUUUUGUGAGACACGCUGCACGUUGUUAUAAUUCAUGGAGUAGAUGCUUCAAAAAAUCAAGGCGAAAGCAAAAGGAGACUAGAAACCAGAGGACUGAAAACGGAGAAGGCUCCUCUACGCAGAAUAGUGAUUGAUGCUGCAAACUUCGACUGCGGCACAGAAACUGCCAAGCACGUGAAAACUGAAAGAUACCCACUUCGUUUGAGAAGAGAAAGUUUGACAAGCAAUUAUCUUUCGUAUCUAUUUUAUUUUCUUUGCUAUUGUUAUUUUUUAUAUUAAGUCUAUAGUCCUACCAAGUUAGUUUACAAGGCAUCAUGCAGACCCUUACGUUUGCCGGUGAAGCCUUCUUCGCUAUGUCUGUGGGUUCGAGGUACAACACUGAGUAUAAGCAGUUUAUACUACAACCAUCAGGAAUCCUCGAUUCGAAAUUUUAGUUUAAAUGCUCAAAAUGAUAGCUCAACAGCAACCUCUAGUUCAACUCAGUAUAGACCCUUUUCAUAAAUAUCUGCCAAUGUAAAAAUUAUUUUGUAUGCAUUUAAAUUAGCUACACUAAACUCGU